AUGGCCGACAGCUUGGCGCCGGAAUGCACGCCACUCAAGCUCGAAUAUGACGCUUGCUUCAAUACCUGGUUCGAAGGUUAUUUGGAACCCGCCGUGGCCGCCUCCUCGUCCGACCAGCGCACCCGCGCCGCAUACUCGAAGGCGAAAGCGGAGGAGUAUCAGCAGAAAUGCGGAAAGGUCUGGUUGGGCUAUCGCGAAUGCGUACAGAAAGCUAUUGCGGACAAGGGCUUGACCGAACUCUUGGACCAGGCGCAAAAGGACAACCCUCUGAAGGAUUCCUCCGCGAUACCUUCAAACCAUUCAUCGUAA